AUGGGUGUGUCCGACGAGAUGUUAGCACUGUACGAGGCGCAGCGUCGCGCCCACGAGACAGUUUUGACGCUACAAGCGCAGAUUGAAGAGGAGGAAGCUGUGUAUCUCGAAGAAACGCCACAUGGCAACAUAAUUCGCGGAUGGGAUGGCUUUAUUGACUCUAAACAGUCACGAAAGGAUACUAACCCGAAAAAAGUAAAACCCUACACUGAAGCCGAACAUCUUUUCUCCAACUCUUGCUUCUAUGCAAGCCUGGCAGAUGAACCGAGCUUUGAUCAGGUUGAUAUCAGUAAGAUGAAUAAUGAAGAGGGCUCAGGACGACGCAAGCUGACCGUCACACUGUCCGUGGGAAAAGGGGCGGACAGCGUUAGUGGGGUAGUAGAUAGUGGCACUGCGCUGAGCACUCAGGCCUCGUACAAGGAACCCAGUGUGCUAUCAAUACAGAGAAGUGCAAAGGCUGCACCGUAUUUUGGAGCAGAGGCAUCAAAUUAUCAGACGUCCAGUGUCAAGAAGAGAAAAAAAGAGAUGGAGGGUACAAUUGCCAAGACUAUUGAGACUACCUCGACAAAUUCACCACUGACUGCUACAUUGGUGAUGACUGGAACUGCACCAGCACCACCACCUGCAAGCGAUUUUCUUGAUGUGCUUUGA